AUGGUCUUAACCAGGAAGUUUAAGAGCGCAGAUGUGCCAACGACGCUGCUUAAAACAGCUCCAGAUACAUGUGCUGUCUUUAUUGUGUCUAAAGGUAGGCUCAUAACAAGCAGAUCAGCGACUCGGACUCAGACACCUCAAGGUCCUCAACACUCUCCUCCUCCUUCAAAACAACCCGCAAUGAUGUCUGAUCCUGGCCCACCAAGUUAUACCCCUUCCAGUGAACCCGGAAGGUCAUCUCCUGCGUUGAAAGAAGAUUUUUCUCCACCUAAACCUCAUUACAAGCCAACCAUUAACAGGAGUCCUCUGUCAGAGCUUAGCAAUGAAUCCUCUUCCAGCGGUCACAGUGCUGAAUCAAAUGCUAGUUUCUACAGCAUCCUAGGACGAUCCACCUAUGGUGGAAGCUCACACUCUUCCACAUCCAUGUCUGAGAUGACUGAUGGAGAGGAAGGCUUAUCUGAGGGAAUUAUCACUGAACACCAGAAUCAAAAUCUUGAAGCAGAGGUGAGAAGAUUGAGACUCCAAUUGCAGCAGUUUAACGCUUCCAUGUGUAGAGAAAGUGCCCCUCAUCUUCAAGUACCUAGAGCUGCCGCGGAAACUGAAAAGCUGGAGGAAUCAAAGGCAGCAAGAGAGAUGCUUAGGGCUUUGUCUGAGAUGGAUAAGCAAAAAACACAGAGUGCGAUCGAAGCAGCUGAAAUGGCACAACGUCUAGCGGAAAUGGAGACCCACAAAAGAAGACUUGUGGAGAUGCAGGCCAGGUUCAAGGAACAGAAGAUGGCCAAUAGCAUAUCCUACAGAAGAUAUAGCAUAAGAGAUGUUGAAAGUGCUACAGACGGUUUUUCAGAUACUCUAAAGAUUGGGGAAGGAGGGUACGGACCUGUGUAUAAAGCCGUUCUUGAAAACACUUCUGUUGCCAUCAAAAUCUUGAAGUCAGAUAUUUCACAAGGCCUGAAGCAGUUCAACCAAGAGAUCGAGGUUCUAAGUUGCAUGAGGCACCCUAACAUGGUGAUCCUCCUCGGUGCUUGUCCCGAGUAUGGCUGUCUUGUGUAUGAGUACAUGGAAAAUGGAACACUAGAAGAUCGUCUCUUCUGCAAAGAUAAUACUCCACCAUUAUCUUGGAGAGAACGGUUCAGAAUCGCUGCUGAGAUUGCUACAGGACUUCUUUUCCUUCACCAGGCCAAACCCGAGCCACUAGUACAUCGAGAUCUGAAGCCAGCAAACAUUCUGCUAGACAGACAUUUCAUUAGCAAAAUCAGUGAUGUUGGUUUAGCUCGGUUGGUACCUCCCGCUAUUGCUGAUAGCUUCAGCCAUUAUCACAUGACUGCUGCAGCCGGUACAUUUUGUUAUAUUGACCCCGAGUACCAGCAAACGGGAAUGCUUGGAGUGAAGUCUGACUUGUACUCAUUUGGGGUGGUGCUUCUGCAAAUCAUCACAGCGAUGCCAGCAAUGGGUUUAAGCCAUAGAGUAGAGAAAGCAAUUGAGAAGAAGAGACUCAGAGAAGUUUUGGAUCCAAAAAUAUCAGACUGGCCUGAAGAAGAGACUCUGGUUCUAGCUCAGUUGGCUCUGCAGUGCUGCGAGCUGCGGAAAAAGGAUAGACCUGAUCUUGCUUCCGUUUUGCUGCCUGCACUGAGCAAACUACGGGAGUUUGCAACAGAGGAUCAUGAAGUACGUAACUCCAACAGAAUAUUUUCUGUGUCACGUGCUCACAAUUCGGUUCCUCUUUCCCCAAUAUCUUCCUCUCAGGUUGGUUUAUUAGAACCUGCAAUAACACAUAUCUAAUCUUCAUCUCGAAAAGGAAUACAAUAUCGACUUCUUUGAUU